CGCGGAGAGCCUCGGCCUGGCCGCGCUGCGCCCGCCGCCGCCGCCCCCUCCCCUCGGCGCCCGCCCUCCCGCCGCUGCGACCCCCUCGGGGCCCGCCGCCCGGAGCCGCCGCCCGCGUCGCGAGCCGCCGCCGGAGGAUGCGCAGCACAACAGUGUUUUAAGAACAGAAGCAUCUGGGCUGAAUGGAAUUGAGCAUCAAAAAAAGUCCUCUUUCUGUUCACAAAGUUGUAAAGUGCAUAAAGAUGAAGCAGGCGCCAGAAAUCCUUGGCAAUACAAAUGGGAAGACUCAAAACUGUGAAGUCAGUCGUGAGUGCUCUGUGUUUCUCAGCAAAGCACAGCUUUCUACCAGUCUGCACGAGGGGGUCAUGCAAAAGUUUAAUGGCCAUGAUGCACUUCCCUUUAUUCCAACGGAGAAGCUGAAAGAUUUAACAUCCCGGGUGUUUAAUGGAGAACCUGGUGCUCAUGAUGCCAAGCUGCGUUUUGAGUCUCAGGAAAUGAAAGGAAUUGGGACACCGCCUAACACUACCCCUAUCAAAAACGGCUCUCCAGAAAUUAAGCUGAAAAUCACCAAAACGUACAUGAAUGGGAAACCCCUUUUUGAAUCAUCCAUUUGUGGUGAUAGCGCUGCUGCUGUAUCCCAGACAGAAGACAGCACACAAAAGCCAGAAAACAAGGCGCGUAGGAACAGGAAGAGAAGCAUCAAGUAUGACUCCUUACUGGAACAGGGCCUUGUCGAGGCAGCUCUGGUAUCCAAGAUCUCCAGCCCCUCGGAUCAAAAGAUUCCGUCUAAGAAAGAGUCCUGUCUAAAUACUACAGGAGAUAAAGACCACUUGUUGAAAUACAAUGUGGGUGAUUUGGUGUGGUCCAAAGUGUCCGGUUAUCCUUGGUGGCCAUGCAUGGUUUCUGCAGAUCCUCUCCUUCACAGCUACACCAAACUUAAAGGUCAGAAAAAGAGUGCCCGCCAGUAUCAUGUCCAGUUCUUCGGUGAUGCCCCAGAAAGAGCGUGGAUAUUUGAGAAGAGCCUGGUAGCUUUUGAAGGAGAAGGACAGUUUGAAAAAUUAUGCCAGGAGAGUGCCAAGCAGGCACCCACAAAAGCUGAGAAAAUUAAGCUCUUGAAACCUAUUUCAGGGAAAUUGAGAGCUCAGUGGGAAAUGGGCAUUGUCCAAGCUGAAGAAGCUGCCAGCAUGUCUGUAGAGGAGCGGAAAGCCAAGUUUACCUUCAUCUAUGUGGGAGACCAGCUUCAUCUCAACCCUCAUGUAGCUAAGGAGGCGGGCAUUGCUACAGAGUCUCCAGGAGGAAUGGUGGGGACCUCAGGAGUCAGUGAGGAAGCCUCUGAGGGGCCCAAGUCCCCAAAAGAAGAGGGCAUUCCCAUCAAGCGAAGGCGACGGGCCAAAUUGGCGAGUUGUGCUGAGAACCAUGAAUCUGAGCCUGGGACAGUAAAGAGCACUCCUCAAAAGACGGCAGAGUUUGGCACUAAGAGAGGAGUCGGCUCUCCUCCUGGAAGGAAGAAGGCCCCAGCCUCUACUCCGAGAAGCAGAAAAGGAGAUGCAGCAUCCCAGUUUUUGGUCUUCUGUCAGAAGCACAGGGAUGAGGUGGUUGCAGAGCACCCAGACGCCUCAGGUGAGGAGAUUGAAGAGUUGCUUGGCUCCCAGUGGAACAUGCUCAAUGAGAAGCAGAAAGCGCGCUAUCAUACAAAGUUUGCCCUGGUGGCCUCUGCCCAGGCAGAAGACGACUCUGGUAAUUUAAAUGGGAAAAAAAGAAGUCACACCAAGAGGACACAGGACUUUGCAGAAGAUGUUGAAGUUGAGGAUGUACCAAGGAAAAGACUCAGGACUGACAAGCACAGUCUUCGGAAGAGAGAGAUCACUGACAAAAUGGCCAGAACAAGCUCUUGCAAGGCCAUAGAGGCCACCUCCUCCCUGAAGAGCCAGGCAGCAACGAAAAAUCUGUCUGAUGCAUGCAAACCACUGAAGAAGCGAAAUCGGGCUUCCGCUGCUGCACCUUCAGCUCUUGGGUUUAGCAAAAGUUCAUCUCCUUCUGCGUCAUUAACUGAGAAUGAGCUUUUAUGGGAGCCCACAUCAGUCAAGUUGGAUUUGAACUCAGCUGCCCUGUACUGCACUUAAAAUGCGGUAAUGUCCCAAGACGCCUGCUGCAGGUGCUGUAUCAUCGUACACACUCAGUGACAUUCCUAUCACAGUCAUAUUAUGGAAGAUGUGUGAUAAUCUGUUUUUACUGGUAUUAAUAAACACAUACAAUGAAGAAAACAGAUAAAAAAAAAUUUUAAGACCAAGGUAAGAUACCUAAUCAAGGCCAUUUAAUCAACCACAUUCAUCUCAUGAUAGAAACACAUUCAUAUUCCAGUGAUCAAUGUAGAUUCCGAGUUGAAAGGGUGCCCUUCAUCAGGGGCUGUCCUGGACCUGCGGCAUGGACACUGCACUGAAGGGGUUAAUCUAGAGGUCAUUUUCCUCCUCUAGCUCAUAAUGUACUGAAUUUUUAUUGAAAAGAAAGUCAACAUCUGUACCUUCAAAAACAAAGAACAAACAGCACACAUUAAAAAGGAGUUUCUCGUCAACUAUUCUCAUUGCCAAUGGAAUGUUUUCAAUACUGUAGAUAUUAAACUAAUUUCCAACAUAAAAGGCAGGAAGAGUUUUGAUUCUGUCUUUUUUUACUAAACAGUUUUACUAUGACACUAGAUAUAGUAAAUUUGUAGGAAAAACAUCAUUUACAGUAUCAUUGUGAUUUAUUUAACUCUUUCAAUUCAAUGACUGAUAUCGGGGACGGGUGCCAUAAUCAGCGUAUUCACGCCUGCCACUUUAUCAGUUGCUUUUCUAGAACAUCAGCCAUCAUAUUAACUGUCUCGAUCUUGGUUGACCACCCAGGGUCGUGCCCGGGGUGUGCGCAUGUUUGCAUGGUGAGGAACAGGCCUCCUAGGAGCAGAAUGCGUGCUCAUCACAUCUCCCUGUUAAUAGCACUGGUUCACACCCAGCAGACUCUUCAGACGUGUUUUACCUUUAAUGAAAGUUUCUAACACUGUCGUCUGAACCAGUACGUAAUGCAUGUAAAACACUUAGGGUACCUGGCACUUUGCAAGGACUCAGUGGUUCACUAUUGUGACAAUAAUGGUUAUAACAAUAAAAAUAAUGAAAUCAUCCUCAUUCCAUUUUUAUCCAAAAGUAUAAGUUAUUGCUUUGGCGUGAAAAGCAAUCCUUUUGACUGCAUUAUGUAUGUAGGGAUAAAAUAAACCUAGGAGUGGCAAGAUUAGUUUGAUUUGGUUUGUGUGACACUGUGGGGUUCUGAAUGUGCCUGAGAGCUGUCCAGUUUCUCUGUUCAGGCGUAGUAGAAACCUCCAAGACAGUCUUAAUUAAGUCAGGCUGUUCUUAAAAUUUUGAAAAUAGGAUAAAAAUGUGUUGAAAGAAUCACUCUGAUUCAAGAAAUAAUCACACAGACUGAAGGCUCUUGCUAGAAAGACUGGAAGAAUGAGGAGUUUCCUUUGAAACUCUUGCACAGUGAAUUUUGAAUGGGUGGCCAGCUAGUGACCAGCGUUAAUGUGUCCGCUAGAAGCAUGCCUCUCUGCACUGUGCCAGUGGGGGCUGAGGUGAGGGAACUGGGCAGGGGUGAGGAGCCGAGGAGGUGUGUACCCAGCCAUGCUCUCAGUUGGGGGCAGACUUAUCCUGCUGGGAUAUUGGAACGAGGAGCAGGCAGAUGGGUAGGUGUCCUCAGUAUCCUACAGGGACAAAGACAGGCCCACUAGGCUGGAAGGUCCCGCCUCGGAUUCUGGGGCUGGUCAUGCUGUGGACUGCCGGGGAGGAGAGCUCCUGAGAGGCCCACACGGCUUCCUGAAGGAAGGAGGUGAGUGGGAGAGAAGCUGCCUUGACUUGCUGGGGGACGAACAGUAGUUUAGUCACACAUUCCUUCCUCUGAUCAGUUGAGUCAGCUCAUUUAAAGCGUCUGUGGCAGGCUGAGCUCCUUUUAGUGGUAGCCGGGUACUGUUACAGGUCAGGGUUCGCCUAUGUGCCCUCCCUUGGGCAUGGCGAGGAGGAACUCUGUAGCCUGAAACCUGUCUGCAUACCUGCAGUCUACACAGCGGCUGUUUCAAAUGCACAGUCUUGCACUAUAGUGGAACGGUACCUGAAGAGCAUGUGUUGAUCACCAGGGCUUUGUUUGUUCAGAACCACCCCUGCUACAGAGUUCACCCUUCCCCUCACCCCACCCCCGCCCCCUGACUUUUCUUCAGAGUGGUGCAGAGUUGAGUGUCUCUGCAGCUGUGAUGACAUGACUUAGGUGUAGACACAUCUCAGUACUUUCCCUUAGUGUGUUAUGUCUCCCUGUCCACUUUCCAAAGGGAACUCUCCUACGUGAAAGCAGAGCUUGUGAAACUGCCUGCUCCAUGCUGGGCAUGAGGCAUGCCCCUCCACUUCUGUGAGGCGCCCGGUUUCCACCGAGCCAUGCAGAAGCACUGUGAGAUUCGGAGCGGGGGCCAGGGCUGGCCCAAGUUCCCACAGCUGGGCCUAGCUGGACAUUCCUGUUGGUAGUGAAGUAUACCAGAGGACAAGCUGGAAAAAAUUGACCUGAGGCCUCAGGAACAAAGUUACUUCCGUAGCCAUCCCUGUGGCCCUGAUCCGAGCACUCUAGAGUCGUUGCCAGAGGUGUAUGUGAAUGGCCGGACUCCCAGGGGCAGGAUAGUGGACGGUUGCCCAUUGUGGGUGCUUGGUUUUCCUGAGAGUCAACCUUAAAAAUGUCUUAAAAAGGAAGAAAAGGGAGAUUGUGACUCAGCAUCUAGUUCUAGAAACAACCUAGCUGGGUGUAUGAAAUUAAUGCCCUGGUUCUCAGCCCCAAGCCUUCUGUGACUUUGCUCCACUUAAGUACUCACACAUCAUCCCCAUCAUGAUCAUCACUUUAGUAGUAGUAGGUCACAGGGUCGAACCCAGUACCUAGGGCUUGCUCCUGGCUCUGCUCAGGGAUCACUCCUGGUGGGGCUUGGGGAACCCACCAACACAGUGCUGGAAACCAGAGUUGAUUGUAUGUCAAGACCAGUACCUACACCCGGCACUGUCACUGGCCCUCCGUGUGAGCGUUUGCAGAAGAGGUGCCCUGUCUGUUCUGGUAGUAGGGAGUAACAAUGCCGCCUCCGCCCUGUGGAUGGGGUCUGCUAGGGGGGCUAGUCUGAAUUGGCUGAGACUCCUUCAUCCGGCCUGAAAAGAUUGAUGAGAAAUCAGAUGACUUAAUUUUAUUUCCAUUUGAUUUCUGAAUUACUAUACUUUGCAAGCAUAUUUAGCAUCUUAAAUGACUCCCCUUAGUUGUUAUUAUUGUUGGGCCACACCCAGCUAUGCUUAGGGUUUACUCCUAGCUCUAAGCUCAGGCACGAGUCACUGCUGGCUAUGCUCAACUGUAUGGGGUGCCAGGAAUAGAACCCAGCUGGGCCCAUAUGCAAGGCAGAUGCCCUACUCAAUGUCCUAUCUCUCUGCCCUCAUUGAUGAUUUCUUUUAAGUCUGUUCAGGUCAGUUUGAUUUUUUUUUUUUUGGACAUGAACCAGGUAGAAAGCCCUUUUGACGUAGUAUAAAACUUGAAUCAUUUUAUGUUUUCAAACCAGUCUUUUCAUUAUCUGUGUUUUUAAGAACCAAAACAAAAAUACUUCUGAGGACUGUCUAAAUUGGCUAAAAGAAUUAAAAUGUUGCUACCAGGAACAGUUUGUCAAAAUGCUUUCAGACUUGCUUCUGACUUAUUGGCAUUUAAAAAAAGGUUAAAAGGAAUAAACAGAUGUCUUUGUAUUUUAGGAUUUUGGGAUUAGUGAAAUUGAUUUGGAACCUUUUCAAUACUAUUUUUACUGCUUUACCAAGACUAUUAGGAAUUAUUACUAAUUUACUUACCAGUGAUGGUAAGUGAGCUCUCCUUGGCAGCAGGAAAUCCUACAGAUUUUGCUCCUUUCACUCUUUGGACUUACUGUGUGAGCAGCACCUUCUCUCUGGGGCGUUUCUGCCUCCCCAGCACCACGUCAGUUAAGAGCGCUGUCAGCCUCAGCUUGCUGGAUGCCUGUGUAACCACACAGCUUCAUCCUAGAGCCACACAUCAUUUUGUUCUGGCUUGCCUGUAGUCAGUUUUUCUAUAUGAUCCAUUGGGGUGUAUUUUUAGAAAGGGUGUUAACUGUUCAGGCAUACUGUACCUUUGAGCAGUGGCCAAGUGAGGUGGGUGUGGCCUGGUGUGGUUCAGGGCUGUCUGGCUUAGCUGCCGUUGCUGACGCAGCAACUGUCUCAGCAACUGCCGCAGCCCUAGGAGCUUUGUCACUUUAUUCCUCUGUCCUGCAUAGCCGCUGCCAGUCAGCCUGCUCCCCAGGGUGUUGCCCCUGACAAAGUUGGAGUGAGAAUGAUUAGGGCUGACCUUGACUCUGGAGCCAGAGCCACAUGGCCUUACUCUGGCCACAGCCACCACUUGGCACUUGUUGGUACCACACAGAAGCCUUCUAAGGUUAAAAUCGAUGAUAUGAAGCAUGAGAUUGGUGUGUAUUUGAAAGCUGUAUGUUCUUGACAAUUCAGAGUGAGCCCUAGAAGUUAGGGGCAGCCAGUAAAGUUCUAGUUGGUAUCAUCUGGAAGGAUCACUAAUAAAAAUUAUGAACUGUGGCAUUUUUGGUGACUACUGACUAAUUUAGAAUUUAUUUUUAUUCCACUCUAAUAUUUCACUGUGAUGUUAACUUGAAAGACCUGUUUAAGUCUUGAUUUUAAGCUCAUUAAAUCCUCUGAGCACAGGAUCCUUGCCAUUUGUAAAUCCAAAAUACUGUAUGAAAGUACUUCCUAGUAAUCUAUUUCUUCCAUUACAGAAGUAUAACUUAAACAUGAAAAUGAUGUCGGUUAAUAGAAAUAUUUAUUGUUCAAGGUCUGUAAUUGUAUUUUUAAAUGAUGUAGUAUUCAACCUGUGAAGGGAUUUGUUUGUCAACAGAAUUACCAGUUCACUUGUGUACCAUCAGCCCCCAGGGGAGGAUGUGACUGGGAGCCCCUAACUCACCCCGAAUGGCGGAAUCAUUCCUAGAGACUGGUUUGAGUACGGUCACUGGGUUUCCUUGUGUUCCUGAACACCGUCUCGGAAAACUGUCAUAUUUCUUAAGGAGACUGCAUUCCCUGCCCCUAAAGUAAUGUAUGUCUAAGGCAAAUAGGCAAUUUGAUACUCUCACAUACUGAGUAGGGUAAACUCAGAAGUCAGGAACUCAGCUGCUUGGAACUCAGUGCCACAAGUGUGGCUGUGGUGGACCCGGGAAGCAGCGGGGAGUUCCUGACAGCCUGUGUUCAUUCAGUUACUGCAUUUUCCUUUUUCCAAAUGCAUCCUACUGGAUAUGGAAUAGACUGUAGAUGUCGUAGACUGAGAUUUGGGACUGUGUUGGGACCAUGCAGGUGAAUGUGUCACUUUGACAAACAGCAUCUCCGAGUAAGUACUGUCACCCGGUGCAUGAGGAGCCUGCAGCUGGAGUGAGGCGUGCUGGUGUGGCGCCCUGCGCACGUGGACCCCUGCCUCCCCCGACUGUGUGCUAGUUGUCUGUUGAGUCGCUGGGACGGGUUGGGCGGGAUGGGAGUUGGAAUCUCCUUCAAUCUGUCAUGGACUGUAAUAUUGUAAGGUCUGUAUUCUGUAUGUGUAUCUCAGCCCCUGAUCAGGAACAAGCCUCUGUGUGUCUCCACAUUUAUAUUUCCAUUCAAAGUAUGUAAGCAGACUUUGUUAAUUUAGGAGAUAUCUCCAAGUGGAAACGUGCUAACUUUUUCUGUAAAUCUUAAAUAAAAGGUGCUGUUCCUUCCUUUGA